UCUCAGCUUUAAAUGAAUUAAUCCAAAUGAAGACAAUAUUAUUUCUGUGUGUGAAGAAGAGGCUACUGCUGUCAAAAGUUGGUUUAGCACUUCAACAGACUUUUGUUCCAGGUGCUUAGCUAGUGAUUUCCAGGGAGCAUGACUUCUGCAACUUCACCUAUCAUUUUAAAAUGGGACCCCAAAAGCUUAGAAAUCAGGACUCUUACAGUAGAGAGGCUCUUGGAACCACUUGUUACACAGGUGACAACCCUUGUUAACACAAGCAACAAAGGGCCAUCUGGUAAAAAGAAAGGGCGAUCUAAGAAAGCACAUGUGUUGGCUGCUUCGGUAGAACAAGCUACCCAAAACUUUUUGGAAAAAGGAGAACAGAUUGCUAAAGAGAGCCAUGACCUCAAGGAGGAAUUGGUUGUUGCUGUAGAGGAUGUACGCAAACAAGGUGAAACAAUGAGAAUUGCCUCUUCAGAGUUUGCUGAUGAUCCAUGUUCCUCCGUGAAACGAGGCACCAUGGUGCGGGCUGCUCGGGCCUUGCUGUCGGCUGUUACUCGCUUACUCAUCCUGGCUGAUAUGGCUGAUGUCAUGAGGCUUUUGUCCCACCUGAAAAUUGUAGAAGAAGCACUGGAAGCUGUGAAGAACGCAACAAAUGAGCAAGACCUAGCAAAUCGUUUUAAAGAAUUUGGGAAAGAGAUGGUGAAACUUAACUAUGUGGCUGCUAGAAGACAACAGGAACUGAAAGAUCCUCACUGUAGGGAUGAAAUGGCUGCUGCUCGAGGUGCUCUGAAGAAGAAUGCUACUAUGCUCUACACAGCAUCUCAAGCGUUUCUCCGUCACCCUGAUGUAGCAGCCACUAGGGCCAACAGAGAUUAUGUCUUCAAACAAGUACAAGAAGCAAUAGCUGGUAUCUCCAAUGCUGCACAGGCCACCUCACCAACCGAUGAGAACAAGGGGCACACUGGUAUUGGAGAACUUGCUGCGGCACUAAAUGAAUUUGAUAACAAGAUUAUUUUAGACCCUAUGACUUUCAGUGAGGCCAGAUUCAGACCAUCUCUCGAAGAGAGGUUGGAGAGUAUUAUCAGUGGAGCAGCACUGAUGGCCGACUCUUCAUGCACACGUGAUGACCGCCGAGAGAGAAUUGUUGCUGAGUGCAACGCUGUACGACAGGCCCUCCAGGACCUACUUAGCGAGUAUAUGAAUAAUGUAAGUGAUCUGCUCUUCUUAGUCUUUUCCUCCUCUAUGGAUUGUUAAGCAGUUCUAUGACUAUUCUGCAGUGCCUACAUGCUUAGUAAAACUGAUGAUCCUAAAUAGCAGCAGUUCAAGAAAAUCAAGGCAGUCCCUUAAAAUCCUUUGGUGGUAUUCAACAUUUUGGGGUUUGAGAUCGUUU